UCACUGGACUGUCAUAGAAGCAUACAGCCAAUGUCUUCUGCUGCAGAGGAGCACUCAUAGUAGCUGUGUUACGCACUCACACAUACACACUAGUUUCACUUCAGACUAUUUCCAGACUAUGGACGUCCCUAAAGACAGAAUCAACAGUGUGGAGAACACAACAAUGCUCCAUUGAUGCUGCAGUUCAGAAAGCGAGAGGACUUUAAAUCAACAAGAGCAACAUGGCGAUGGACUCAUCUUUACAACUCAGUCGGAUAGACAGAAGUGGCAGCUUUCUUCAGCUUGUCGAUGCGUUUGCAUUGUCACUGAGUACGUUGGAGCAGCAAAUGGUUCAUGCUUCGCAGGAAAAAGACCAAGAUCCAGUCAGAGAUCCAGACACUUCUAUGUUCAUAGAGAUAGAGGGAGAGAUGAGUGCUGUGUGUCUACAGUAUCCUGUGUUUGAUGGGGAUCAUGGUACAAGCACAAGUGUGAGUGUGUUGGACAAACUGAUACACACACACCCCAUCUGGCUUCUGCUUUCCAUCGACCAGCAAGAGGCCACUGGCAUCCUGCGGCAGCAACAAGCUGGGGUGUUUUUGGUCUGGAGGUCAUCUGUCCUGCAAAAGAAGGUCUUGUCAUUCCAUACGGAUGGUACCUUAGACUCCUCUGUGAUUCACAUCCCUGUAAAGGAGAGCCAGUACACAUUUUCUCUGGAGGGCUCAGGAAUUAGUUUUGCUGACCUCUUUCAUCUUGUGGCCUUUUAUUGUAUUAGCAGAGACAUUCUGCCAUCUACCCUGAAGCUUCCUGAGGAAAUACACUCAGCUGAGACCCUGUCAGAACUGCACGAGGUGGCCCAGCAAGGGGCAGCUUUCUGGGAAUCUUCUGUCAGCAGACAAGUCCCAAAGAGUUCCCUGGUUCUGGACAGACGGCCAAUCUCUCUGCAUAGGAACUUCUCUGACAUCUUACUGAUAGAGGAUCAAACCUGUACCCCAACUGGCAAUCUAAAUGUCCCACUACCUCUGACUGACACCUGCCCGAAUGCCCCUGAAGGCGAAAGAAGUUGCUCCAACAGUGCUUUGUCUUUUAUCAACCCUGUCUUCCUCAAGACACAGCAAGAUCUAACUGGAAAUGUAGUAACAGUGAUCGCAAAAGACACAACAGCAGAAAACAGAAAAUCUCGUCCCCCUCCUCCACCAAGGCCACCUCCACCUCGCAUUUUGGUUCAUACCCCUGCUUUACCCCCAGGUCGGAGGACUAUGCUUUUGAGUGCUGGCAUUACAAGAAUGAGUCAGGGACCCAAAUUGAUCGCCAAACGCCCCAGUUCUAAGAAACCUGCGCCUCAACCUCCACCACGACCUCCUCAACCGCCAGACAUAGACAGCUACCGCUGCACCAUUGCGUUAGAUGAUGAUACCAUUUCUAGGGCCCUGUCUCAAGCCAGCCGGACGCAUACACCUCUCAACCCAACCAACAGCACCAUUCUGCAGCAAUGGACCGGUCCAGAAGAGAAAGGGCGAAGCUCAAGUGGUUUGUCCACUUCCUCGUCUGACUCUCUGGAUUGUCCUCCGCAUCCUCUUCCUUUGGACCUAUCCCAGAGUGUGGGCCAAGGCCUCUCCACAGAUGACAGCAGUGAUGAGUAUGACGAAGAGGAGGAAGACUAUGGUGUGGGACUUGAAAGGGACCUGCAUCUUCGCCUUCGUUCUGCCCGCCAGACAAAAAGACUCCUGGCGGUUGAACUAGUGGGCGUUCGUCCGAGAUCGCUCAUUAUCUCACGAGCACUAAGGGGACAAUUCCGAAAGGUCCGCGGUGUCCUCAAUGUUCUGGCUACACCUGAAAAACGCAUCUUGCUCCGGAUCAUUGAGUUGUCCCAAGACAAAGGUUCCUACUUUGGUUGCCUGGUGCAGGAUUAUUUGAGCUUUGUGCAAGAGAACAAAAACUGCCACUCAUCCAGCCAGGAUCUUCUGCAGACGCUCCGGCAGUUCAUGACCCAGAUGAAGGCUUACCUCAUACAGAGCUCAGAGAUUAACCCACCCAUAGAGUCCUACAUACCUGAGGACCAGAUUGAUCCGGUGUUGGAGAAGGCCAUGCAUAAGUGUGUGCUGAAACCUCUGUAUGGCUGCUUGCAGUCAGCGCUGUACGAGUUCCAGGUGGCCGGAGGAGUGUGUCAGAGGCUGCAGGAGAAUCUGACCCUGGCCAAGACCAAACAACCUCACGAGCUGGGAGCGAUCGGAGCCCGGCCACCAGACGCCUACGCCAUCCACCGCAUCCGCAGAAAACUCCGAGCCAUGUGCAGCAUGCACUCACCUGAGAGGAAGAUAUCGGUGCUGCUGAAAGUCUGCAAACUCAUCUACAGUAUCAUGCAAGAUCAUGAAGUGAGGAUGUUUGGCGCGGAUGAUUUCCUGCCCAUGUUGACAUAUGUACUGGUCCAGUGUGACAUGCCACAGUUGGACACUGAGAUCCUGUAUAUGAUGGAGCUGAUAGAUCCUCCAUUACUGCAUGGAGAAGGAGGUUAUUACCUCACCAGUGCAUACGGAGCGAUGUCACUGAUUAAGAACUUCCAGGAGGAACAGGCUGCACGGAUCCUCAGCUCUACAGCGCGCGACACACUCCACCAGUGGCACCAGCGUCGCACACUGCAGAGAAACCUGCCCUCAGUGGACGACUUCCAGAAUUACAUGCGUGUGGCUCUGCAGAAGGCAGGUAGCGGCUGCACGGCUAAAACCCUUCAGGUCCGGCCCCACGCCACAACAGAAGAGGUGUGCCGCCUUUGUGCACUUAAAUUCUGCGUGUCCGAUCCGGAAAACUACGGCCUCUUUCUUCUCACAGACGACAGCAGCCAACAAUUGGCCGCAGACACACAACCUCAGUGGAUAAAGGCAGAGUUACACAGUCGACCGAACCCUCAACACUUUUACUUUGUCUACAGGACGAUAGCCAACAUAAACUGUCCCACGGCUGUUUCUUCAGAGCAGGACGAUGCCUGAACACGCAAUAGCAGGAAAAUAUUUAUUCAGGGUGGGACUUUGUGUAUAAAGAUUGCAAGAUGAAAGACUGUCAAUA